AAAUGGCGACGCCAGGACUGCUGGGUGCGCUCAAGGACGGCGGCGGCUUCGUCCUUGCGACUGGCAUCACGCUAGCGAUCGCCCUCCCGACGGACCUUCUGCUGUACGCGGCCGUGGCCAUGGGCCUCAACUGGGCGGCGUCGCUCUUCCACGCGAUUCCGUGCCAGACGGAAAAGUUCUUUGACCUCUUCGGCGCCACGACCUUUGCCUCGCUCUCGAUUCUGGCGGCGGCCAUCCACUUGGCCAACGAGCGCGACGCCAACGCGUACUGGCGGUCGCUCACGCUCUCGGUCGUCUCGCUGCUCUGGGCGCUGCGCCUUGGCUCGUUCCUCUUUCUGCGCAUCCACGGCGCCGGCUCGGACAACCGGUUCGACGACAUUCGCAACGCGCCGCUCAAGUUUUUCUCGGUCUGGACAUUGCAGGGUCUCUGGGCGUUUGCAACGAUGCUGCCGGUGCUGUUACUGCACACGCACGCCGGGCCGCAAGUCGGCGUGUGUGCCGCCGACAUCAUUGGUUUGGCGCUCUGGCUCAUCGGCUUUACCACGGAAGUCGUCGCGGAUGCUCAAAAGACGGCGUUCAAGAAGGACCCAGCGAACCGCAACGCGUUUAUUAACGUCGGUCUCUGGUACUACAGUCGCCAUCCCAACUACUUCGGCGAAAUCCUGCUCUGGAUCGGCCUCACGGUUGUCUCGGCGGCCCAGCUGACAACACCCGGAUACAUUGUCGUCGCGUGCUUCUCGCCGGCGCUUGUGGCCACGCUCCUCGUCUUUGUGAGUGGCAUCCCGAUCCUCGAAGCCAAGGCGGAUGCAAAGUGGGGCGCCGAGCCGUCGUACCAGCAGUACAAGCAGCGCACGAGCAUCCUCAUUCCGUGGUUUACCACGUCGCACUCGCACCUCGAAGUACGUAGUCCUGCGUAAUGCGAUGCGCUAUUUACAUGUUUUUUAUUCGCCA